AGUUACAUUUUGGCAUCCUUCAAUUAGCAAAACAAAACGCAAUUAGUUUUUUUUUUUUAGUUUUAGGAUUUUUUCGUAUCAAUUCAUAUGUUUUUCAAUUUGCAACCUUAGAAACUACAACCGGCUUCCACACUCCCGCCAAGGGGGAAAAAAAUCGACGGAAGACGUACAAUCACAAAGCAUGGAACCAGACUUACUAACAAUAGUUAGCAUCAUUUCAUUGCUAGAAAACAAGACCAUAUGCUAUAUUCUACCAAGUGAUCACAAGGCAUCCUGAGUAGCAAUUGGCGUGACACAAAGCUAACCAAAAUACAUUGCACACGAAAAAGACAAAACAAGAAAAACUCGAUCAAUCCGAACAUAUAUAUGAAUCAUAGAUACUUCGUCCACGAACAAAUGACAGUCAAUAGCUAGCAAAUCGAAUCUGAAUGUGUUCGUUAGCUAGCCCUAAUGACACAUACCUGCAAAAUGAGCCAAUGUGCUCACGAAAAAAAAAACUCGUUUGUACUCGAUUUGUUUAAUAAAGAGUCGAGUUUGAGUUAAACCUUGUACAAUUCACGAGGUAGCUCGAUUCAAUGACUUGUCAAGCCCAACUCAUGAGCUAGCUCGUUUUGAACUAUGAGCUGGCUCAACAGUGUAGCAUCGAGCCACCUCUACAACGACAUAUGAGUCAAUCGAUUAAUAGCUUAUGAGUUCUCUUGUUGAUAAUUAGUUAGUUUGUUAAAUUAUAUAUCUCAUCACAUUUGAUGUUUAAAACUUUGAGUACAUUAACAUAUAUACCUCAUGUAUAAUAUAAAAGAGAAAUUAUGUAUCAUAGAUUAUUUAUAUACUAGUUACCAGUAAAUAACAUGAUCUGAACAAUAAAAAUUUAUGGGCUAGAUAAUAUGGCGUCUGAGCUCGAGCCUAUUUCGUGACUCGUAGGCUCAUUAAUGAACCUUGUUCAAGUCAAACAUGAGCAAAGAGUUAAAAGGUCAACUUGUUUAUUAACGAACUAACUCCAAAUUAUAUCAAAACUCAGCUCGAUUCGACUAAAGUAAGUAAGCGAAAAUCCUAACAACCUAAACAUAUUUGAUGGCGAUUUAAUCCCUAAAGUUUAAAGCGUUUUAUUACUACACUUUCUCGCCGGCCUAGCAAUUAAGCAAAUGUACGUACCCUUGACAAUGGCGCCUUCGAUCGAUCACACGGAGAAGAAUAGAAGAGAAGAGAAGUCCGUAUUUUAUUGGUCAACCUCUGACAAUUCUCCAAUUGGUGUACGUGUACGGAAAUCAUAUAUCAGCCCACCAAUCAGUAAUUGCUCAUUUCUUCAUUCGUCAUUUCAUCACAAUUACCCACUAAUUUCGUAUUAAUUAUAAGAUUUAAUCAUGCAUUAUUAGUUUAUUACCAUUACAUCACCUCCGCGUCAGUUGACAAAUUGAUAUAAUGCGGUCAAGACUCACCAUCACUUAGCUGAUCCGUGUGUAUGUUGACCUUUUCCCCGGAGGUCUAAAGUCGUCGAUCCGAUACGUCCUUUCCAAAAGAUUCUGACAAAGAUUAUUUCAAUCCAAAUCCCCUAAUAAAACCCAGAGAUAUAAGAUUCACGGCAGAAAGAAACUCAAAAUCGGAUUGUGAUCAUGGCGCCUUUCCAGUUCAAUUCCACUGCCCAUUUCCUCGCUUCAUACGACUCCACCACGAUCGACGUCUACGAGCUGAUGAUUUCGUCAACAAGCUCACCGCCGUCAGCGGUCAGAGCCACCGACUGCAAGCUCGUCACAAUUAUCGCGACCUGCAGCCGCGACCAGCUGGAGGAGAAUCAAUACGACGCCCUGAAGCUGUUCGACGAGGAGAUCGCGGGACGGGACCUGAGGAAUCUGGCGGAAGACCUCUCCCAGUCGCAUUUCUACGUCAACCCACUUGGCAACACCUUCAUAGACGUAUCCGGCGGCGGCGGAGGAUUCGUCGACCCGGCGUUUGGGGUACAGUUCUUCAGAUUAAACGACACCUUCAACUGGUCCCAAUACGGCGCCGUUAACACCCCUCCGCCAACUACAGUGGCCAAUCUGUGGGACACCCGCCACGGAUUCCCCUGCCGCAGCGGCGAGAAGAGCGAGGCGAUCGUCGAUUACAAAAAGCAAUUGAAGGAGAAGGACGAGAAAUUGGGGGAAUUGAAGACUCAAUUGAAAUCGAAUACCCUAGAUCUGGAAUCGGCGAAGAGGGAUCUGGAGAAGUACCGCAAGUGGUGCUACGAUUUCAGGUACAGGUACCGCGACACGAUCUCGGCAUCCGAGGCGGCGGCAAAGAUCCGGCGGCGGAGGGUGAAGGUUGCGAGGUCGACGUUCGUGGCCCUGUCGCCGCCGGCGGUGCCGAUCAGUCCCGUGCGGUGUCGGGUGCCGUCGUUUAAGGAGGAUGCGAUCGAUGCGUUCUGGCUGUUGGAUGAGGAUUGCGGUGGGUUGCCUCCGCCGCCGGCGGUCCAGGUGUGGAGUGCCGACGGGAAGUUUGAUGCGGAGAAUUGGUGGUGUAUCAAGGCGAAUCGGAGGGUGCAAGGUGGUGGAGAGACGACGAUGCUGGUGUAUUACGACGGCGAUUUCGAUUAUGCGGUGAUCGAUAAUCCGAUGACGUCGAAAAAGGAGCGGGUUUCGGUGCCGUAUAAGGUGAAGAACGGGGAGUUUGCGGCGGAUCGGAAUUUCAGCCUCGGGUAUUUUCCUUUUACCUGGGAGGUCAGGGUUGUGUUUACUUACCGCUGGUAAAAAGAUUAGUGUGCAUGUAUUCCUCUUUUCUUUUCAUUUAUUUAAGAGGAUUAAAUAAUUUCUAUUCGAUUACUUCGUUUCUUUUUUUAGAAAUUUUGAAUAAACAAUCGUUUUUGAAAAUCGUAUUGAUUGUCCGAUCGAUAUUUUUUUAUUGAAGGUUAAAUCGAUAGACGAUUUUUAGCGAUAUGAAAUGGUUAAACCACGAUUUCAACAUUAAAUUGCCUACCGCUAACUAUUUCGAUACAAUCUCUGAUACGGUUUUACAACCUUAGAAAGAACAACGAAUAUAUAUCUGACAAAGAU